AUGCAAGGAGCGAAGCUGCAGAUAGCCCACCACAAAACGGAAGUGCUAUUGGUCAGUAACUGUAAAGCUGUUCAGCGAGUAGAAAUUACCGUCGGGGAGAACGUCAUAGCAUCAAAGCGCGUGCUGAAGUAUCUUGGAGUGAUACUCGAUGACCGACUAAGCUUCAAUAGCCACGUUGACUACGCAUGUGAGAAGGCGGCGAAGGCCAUCAAUGCGAUAGCUAGAAUCAUACCGAACAACUCUGGACCAAGCAGCAGCAAGAGGCGCGUUCUGGCUAGUGUAUCGUCAUCGAUACUGAGGUAUGGAGGUCCAACCUGGGAUGCAACGCUGAAAACGAAGAAGAACCAAAGAAAAUUGAACAUAUGCGUUAUCGCCGGUAUGAUACCCAUCGUCAUCACCUUGGCGGAGGACACCGAAUGCUAUAUGCGAAGAGAUACCACAGGAGUACGGACAUUGGUGAGAACGGAGUCGAUGGCUAAGUGGCAACAGGAGUGGGACGCAGCGGAGAACGGAAGCAUGGAGAAGUCAACUUCCAUUUGA